CCCACUUCACUAGGCACACUCAGACUCUCCAGAGGAGUCAGUCCAUCACUUGUGCAGAAGCCAAGAGGAAGGUAAGAGCCCCCAGAGGCACACCUGGCAGCUGGAAGGAAGACAUCUGGCAGAAGGUGUUAAGAUGGCAACUUCAGCUGAUCACCCAGUCGCAGCUUGUGCUGCAGAAAUGAACUUUGAUCUCAAUCUUAAUUCUAUCGACAUUGUGGACCUAGACCUUAGAGACAACACCCUCUACUUAAUAGAAACAGUUAAACAGGAAUUCAACAAGCUUGGGAACCAUUGUGCCAUCUUACGAAACAUGAAGGGCAGAGUUCUUGUAAUAGUCAAAGGAGGGAAAAUGGCUGUAUUUGAGGAAAUGUCUGAUUCAGAGAUUACAGCCAAUGCACCUCGGACUCAAUUUAUAAUACAACAUUAUAAAGAGACCCUCCCCAAAGGGUUAGCUGUAGCCAUCUCUGUAAAGACUGAAAAAAAGACAUAUACAUUAUCCUGCAAGGACAAAAAACUUCAUUUUAAGGAAAGUGCUGCCCCAGACAAAAUUGAUGGCAAAGAACAGGAUGUCUUAUUCUACCAAGAGAGAAUUCCGGGUCAUGAUGACAAGAUGCAAUUUAAAUCUUUUUUGUACCCAGAAUACUACCUGGCAUGUAAGCAGGAAAAGAAGUCCAUUUUUAAACUGAUUUUAAAGAAAGGGUGCCAAGAUGAGGAAGGAUCUACAAAAUUCGUUGUCCGUUAUGAAUGUAAGAAAAUAGGCUCAUAGAAAGAUAGUUUUAAAUCCUGGAAAAUAUCUUAAGGAUAACAGCACUACAUUGGGGUCUUAAACUGCGAAAAAACUAAGUAAAAAUAUACUCAUGGAGGGAUUAUUUAAUCAACACUUGUGGGGAAGUUGGGUAUAGAAAAACUAUAUUUAGGUCUCUAAGUUAAAACAACUACAAGUUAGAUUUAAUUUAAAAUAAUAGUAGCAAUAGCGACAGAGGGUAGCUUUCAAUUUGUGAUUCUCUCAUAUAUAAUAUUAUUGUAAAAUAUAAAUAUAAAAAAUAGAAUUGUUGCUUAUAAAUCCAAUGUAUACAAUAAUGCAAGUCUGAAUUACAACUGAGGCAGUAAAUUAUCCUGAGUGCAAUGUUCCACAUGGAGGGAUGUAGCGAGUUACCGAGAUCGACUGAAGCAGAUUCUUUGCUACGCAAUGCCUAAGAGCUUACUAAUCAGAGCUUCUAUCAACAACAAUGACAUUUAGAAUAUUUUUAUUUGAUUCAUGGAUAUUCAUGGCCAAAGAAAGCACUGUCUUCUGGCUAACAUUCUUAAAAUGAGCUUCUCCAUAUUUAGCUAGGCUAGUUUUCAGAAGGUAGCUGCAUACUGUCUCCAGGACUAUUUAAAGUCUUUCUACCCUGGUAGAAUAUGCCAGAGUUUAUGCCAGGCUGGCACUGCCUUUGAAAACCCAUUAUCACCUCUACACAACACUAAGGUAUCAGAGCAGAAAGAGAAAUACAUGGAGACAGAGAUUAUUGAAAUAAAGAUAUAGAGACAGAGUAGAGAUAGAAAUAGAAACAGAGAUAUACAACUUCAUGGUUUACAAAAAGCAAUCACUUCACAACAACUCUAUGAGUCAGGUAGCAUAAAGUCUUGUCUUAUUAUUAUUAUUACUCAAAAAAAGGGAAAACGAGGCCUUAGAAAGGUUAAGGAACUUGCCAGUGAUCACACAGCUAAUUAAGUAUCAGAGCUGAGACUUAAAAUCAGGGCAUCUGACAACAAUCCCCAUGUUCUUUCCACUCUAACAUCUUGCUUCUCACAAAGCAUCAAAUUCCAGCAUAUGCUUCAGUAUGCACUUUAACUCCCCCAAUGGAUGGUGAGCCAAAAUCAGUUCCAUAACAAUUGCACACAUGCCUUCCUUUUUGAUCUGCCUAGCAAUGACAAAAGCAUCGAGGGACUAUCUUUUGGGGGACUUCCUGAAGCAUUCCAUCCAAGGCACAGCUGAAGCCUCGCAAACCUUGAGAACAUACCUCGGGUCCCUGCCAAUUUCAUGACUAGAACAGCUUUACCCCUCUCUCACCGCCAUCACUAUUCUGGCUUCAAUCCCUGAUCAGUCCUUAAUUUCCUGUUCCAAUCCCAUCCUCUAGUUCAUAUUUGUGAACCAAACUCCAAACUAACUGAUUUAAGUUGAUAUUUUAUUUGGAAGGGAAGGGUAAAGUUAUGUAAUAGAACAGCAUAUGGUAGGCACUAACAAAAUUACCUUUCCAAGGAUAGGCUCUCUCACAUUUCAUUGUGAAUUGCUCGGUUGCUCUCCAAAAAAGAUUUCUCGCUAUAUUUAGUUUCCCUGGAUAUGUCAGUCUAAUCAGAUGCUCCAUGGCAUCAGGAAUGCCCUAAUAUCUGGCCUGAAGUUCACAUUUUCUUAUGGCCAACCCCAGAUGGUAUCUGUCCUUUUCAGGACCCAAUGCACUGGACUGGGCUCUGGUCGGCUUCUGAGUCCCUGGUUUAGGUCAUAGCUAAAUUUAUAACCAAUGACCCUUCCCUUUGUUCAAUUAGGAAAUCACUCCAAUGGUGAUAAUUUGGUCUGGUCACUCCUCUUCCAACACUAUAAUAAAUUACAAGGGAACUGAAAUGACAUUUUCAUAAAAGUCUAAAAGAAAUGUAGUGAUGUACUUUUUUUUCCGCUGUGAAAGGUAGAUAAAAUCUUUACAAGUGAAGCAUCAGAAAUGAGCAGAGAUAAGGUUGAUUAUAGAUCAAGUAUAUAAAGUUCAAUUAUUUAAAAAUUAAAAACUUUCAUGGCACAAGAAGUAAUAAAACUAAGAUAAAAAUAAAAUAUCCAUGAUAAAUAUGAUGAAUAAAUGUUGGGUUCCACAUUUUAUAGGUAAUACAAUAUAAGCCUAUGACGGUAGCACCCGGUCUCCAAUGGACAGAAAUAGUCAAAGAAUUUUAAAAAACAAUUCACCAAAGAGGGAAAAUAAAUAAUAAAUUGAGAAAAUGAUCAAAUGUUAAAACAAAUGCAAAUUAAAAGUUAAGAAAUUAGUUAAUUUUCACAUUAAACUAACAAACAGAGAAGAGAAAGAGAGAGGAGAAAGGGGGAGAGGAAGAGAGUGGAGAGAGAAAGAAUAUAUAAAGUCCAUUAUUGGCAGAGAGUGGGGAAGCAGGUACACUCAAAUGCUGCCGGUGGCAAUGCACAUAAGGGCAAUCUUUUUGGAGAGCUAUCAGUCAAUUUACAAUAAGAGUCAACAGUCUGAUCAUACCUUUUGAUCUUAUCCAUUACUAGGAAUGUAUUACAGGGAAAAUAUUCAAAAUACAAGACAACAUGCUUAUGCAGAGAUUUCUUAGUACACUAUAUUUACAUUACCUAAAAAAAUUAUCUAGAUGUCCAAAGUUUGGGGAAUAACAGGGCAGGCUGGAAUAUAUUGAUGAAAUUGAGCAUCAUAUUGGCAUUAAGGAGAACAAACAUGAAGUAUAUACAGAAAUAGAGAAAAGUCUAUGUAAAAUCAUACAAAAUGAAAGAACUCAAAAUGAAGUGUAUAUAUUUGCUUACAGCUAUGUGUAAUUGUGAUUAAAAGGACCAGAAGUUACAA